AUGAAGUUACACAGGGGGCUUUUAGGGGAGAAGGAGACCCUUCUCCGUUGUCCUUCAUUUCUACAAAACAUAAAAAUCCCCUUUGAAGAAAACACAAAUUUGCAAACAAUAGGUCAUUUUGAGCAGGGCGGUUCAAACGAAAUUGCGACCUGGAAAGGAAGCGACAGUCCGAGUUUCAGAUGUUGCGAAAUAUAUAGGACAAAAUAAGGCAAAACUUUUGGUGAGGGUGGAAUCAGGAAUCAAAUCAUCUUCCUCACACCGCCAAAUGGAUGCAGAGUGCUUGUAGUAUGAGGCUGGCGGGGAUGGAGGACACGGCGGAGCUGCUGGAGAAGAAGCAAGCGUCGGAAAUUUCGAAGAUGAGCUUAGAGGAGGCACCCACUCUCACUCGUGCUUUCAGCCAUUACCUCAAUUUGAUGGGCAUUGCUGAAGUUCAUCACAGUGAUAGGGAAGCUAACAUUGAACCAGCAAUGUCAUCACAUACGGUGCACAACCCAACAAGCAGAAAACUGACUGAAGCAGCAUGUCAUUGCAACUCUUGCUCCACUUUUUGUUUAGAUAUUACUGGAGCAAGCAAUUUUUUGAUAGGCUAACACGUUUUGUUUAUAUACACCUGGAGCAACUAUAACUACUUUUUGGAAAAUAUUUCAGCAACAACUGUAAAUAAGUAAACCUUGGAUA